UUCUCUCACAGAACUCCCUUUGUUUCCCCAAGGGCAGCAGAAAUGAUGAGGUUUCUGACAUCCCAGAAUAGUAAGCAGGGGAGAUACAGGGGGAGCUGUAAAACCCUCCCAAACUCUUACCCUGCCUUUACAACUACACUGGGGGUGCAGAUGCUGACAGGCCCUUCCACACUGGCAGAGGUUUCACAGGACAGAGUUGAGCAUCAGCACAGGUCCCUUCCCCUGCUGAUUCUGCAGAGUGGGGCUGAAUUCAAGAGCCUGUGGGAUAAGGCCCUGGCCUUCAUUGCACACGUGGCCAGCAUAAACCAGGGCUCCAUGCACAGAGCAAAAGGAAGGACUGCUAGAAAAAGAAAACUGUCUGUGUGUGACAGAGGGAGGGGAGCGGAGUGUAUGGGAAUGGCUUUGAUUUUGCUCAGACAGGUCCCCCUUCAUUGUCACUGUUUUUUCUCCUGUGACAGUUCCUCAUGUCCAGAGGCAACAAAUGUCCAACAGCAGCUCCAUGCCCCAGUUCCUCCUCCUGGCAUUCGCAGACAGGAGGGAGCUGCAGCUCCUGCACUUCUGGCUCUUCCUGGCCAUCUCCCUGGCUGCCCUCCUGGCCAACGGCCUCAUCCUCAGCGCCGUAGCCUGCGACCACCACCUGCACACCCCCAUGGGCUUCUUCCUGCUCAACCUCUCCCUCACAGACCUGGGCUGCAUCUGCACCACUGUCCCCAAAGCCAUGCACAAUUCCCUCUGGGACACCACAACCAUCUCCUACAUGGGAUGUGCUGCACAGGUUUUUCUCGUCAUAUUCUUUAUUAGAACAGAGUUUUAUCUCCUCACCGUCAUGUGCUACGACCGCUACGUUGCCAUCUGCAAACCCCUGCACUAUGGGACCCUUCUGGGCAGCAGAGCUUGUGCCCACAUGGCAGCAGCUGCCUGGGUCACUGGGUUUUUCAAUGCUCUGCUGCACACAGCCAACACAUUUUCCCUGCCCCUGUGCCAGGGCAAUGCCCUGGGCCAGUUCUUCUGUGAAAUCCCACACAUCCUCAAGCUCUCCUGCUCACACUCAGGCUACAUCAGGGAACUUGGGCUCAUUGGGGUUAGUGCCUGUAUAAUAUUUUGUUGUUUCAUUUUCAUUGUUUUCUCCUAUGUGCAGAUCUUCAGGGCUGUGCUGAGGAUCCCCUCUCAGCAGGGACGGCACAAAGCCUUUUCCAUGUGCCUCCCUCACCUGGCCGUGGUCUCCCUGUUUGUCAGCACUGUCGUGUUUUCCUACCUGAAGCCCCCCUCCAUCUCCUCCCCAUCCCUGGACCUAGUGGUGUCAGUUCUGUACUCAGUGGUGCCUCCAGCACUGAACCCCUUCAUCUACAGUCUCAGGAAUCAACAGAUCAAGGAUGCCCUGAGAAAAAUGAAGACUGGAUGCUUUUCAGGAGCAAUAAAGUGCCUGUUUUCUGGUGUGUAGCAUUCA